AUGCGGGAGCAGUUCUCCGGCCUCGAGACUAAACGGUGUUGCGAAGAAAAAACGGAGGCUGCGUGCCUUUCGUGUUGCCAACAACAUUUUGCAUCGCGGGGUGACAAGUGUGUGGACGUGUGCAGCACCAUGUGUUCCUUCGGAUGGAAUGCAGCAAAUCAAAAAGUUCCACAGUGCCCCGAGAAGCUUGGUUCGGAAGAAGGUGGUGCCGAAGAGUGGUAUACUGAAGACCCCAUGAAGGACCGGCCUCGACCAGCUGUUCCAGUCGCUCGACCAAACCGGGAUGGGAUGACUUUGGGGAUUGCUUGA